AUGCCCUUCCCGUACAAAUAUAUAUGCGAUCUGCUCCAACAACUUGAAAAUGAGUCUCGCAAGAACGAGCAUAGACAGACUCCUGCAAGGAGCAUAAUCGAAACGUGGUUUCGUGAGCAUCGUUCGAGUCUCGAUGCACCCGAAAAUGAUCCAAGCGCCAUAUUGUCCACUUUACUACCAGAAAGAAGGACAGACAGAGUCUACCUUAUCCAAGCUGCAAGGCUUGAAAGUAUAUUUGGUAAAGCCUUGCUUCUAGGAGCCUCGCGAUUACAAGAACUCCGAAGAUAUAGGACUCCUGGUCUGGGUGUAGACCUUGCUGAUUGUAUUGAAGGUAUCUUAAAACGUACGCCUAAUGAUACACAAGAUUGCAGUGGACUCACAGUAGAAGAGAUCGAUGACACUCUAAACUGCAUUGCAGCAGCCUGUCGAUUCAGCUCGCCUUCAGUUAGAGCUUCGCGUAGGACUCAAGACUCUAGAGACCAGGAUCGAUCUCUGGUCACCAUUUACAGGCAACUCAGUCCGCGCGAUGCAAAAUGGGUUACAAGGCUAGUAUUAAAGAACUACCAGCCGGUAGUUAUAGAUGAACGUCUCAUAUUUCGUUGCUAUAACGAUCUCCUACCUCAGCUGAUGAAGGUGAGGGAUGAUUUUACUAUAGCCACUACCUUCUUACGGCAGAUCAGUCAGCCAUCAUGCGACCAAAACGCCAUUGUCAGUAUGCUGAAACCAGCUAUCGGGACGAAAGUUGGUCGGCAAACAUGGCUCAAAGGGAGAAGUAUCAAGCAUUGUCUAGAUAUGGGUAAAUCCCGGGAUAUGAGUUGCGAGCAGAAGAUUGAUGGGGAGUACUGUCAAAUACACAUCGAUCUCCGCAAACGUUGUUCUCCUAUCCAGAUAUUUUCCAAGAGCGGGAAAGAUAGCACCCAGGAUCGAAUUGGCCUUCAACAGGUCAUACGAGAUUCGUUGAAACUUGGAACAUCAGACUGCCCCCUUAAAACCGGGUGUAUUCUCGAGGGGGAAAUGGUAGUAUACAGUACUCAAGACAAUAAGACAUUGCCAUUCCAUAAAAUUCGCAAGCACGUUUCACGCUCUGGUUCCUUUAUAGGGACUAGCUAUGACUCUCAGCCUCACGAUUACGAGCAUUUGAUGAUAGUAUAUUUCGACGUACUGCUGAUCGACGAUGAAUCGUUACUAGGAGUACGACAGUUCGAGCGCUUCAGACGUUUGAGUGAUCUCGUUACUUGUCGGAAGGGCUGUGCUGAGCUAGUACCCCGUGAGACGAUAUCUUUUGGUCGGCCAUCUGCUGCGUCAAGGCUACGUGAAGCUUUUGCGAAAUGCAUCGUAGCUCGAGGUGAAGGCCUUGUCCUGAAGCCCGAUGAACCGUACUUCAACUUUAGCACAGCACAAAAGUCAUUCAGCUGCUGCAAUAUUAAAUUAAAGAAAGAAUACGUCCAAGGUUGGGGAGACGUCGGAGACUUUUCGGUAAUUGGUGCCUCUUAUGAUGCAGCAAAAGUAAAAGAAUAUAAGAAGCCCAACAUUAAAUGGACUCAUUUCUUUAUUGGGUGUCUAGACAACAAGGAGAAAGCACGAGCAGGAAUUGAAAAGCCUCGAUUUAUAGUUACUAACGUCGUCGAGCUUUCCGAGGCCCUUUUAUGGACGGUUAUGACUCAAUGUUUUCCAUCCCCGAUCCCGUUCGACUCGAAUGAGUCUAUAAUCCUGGACUUUAAACUAGGGAGGGUAGACAAGCGACCGGAUGAUAUAUUCUUAGAGCCGUUAGUGUUCGACAUGCGUUGUUUCUCCUUCAACAAAUCACCAAACACGACUUUCUGGAGCAUGAGGUUCCCAUCGGUCUCCAAAAUACACCAUGAUAGAUCAUACUUGGAUACUAUUAGUUUUACGGAACUCCAAGAGUUGGCCUCAAAUUCAACAGAAAUACCAGAGCUUGAAGAUAGUCAGGAGAUGCGCAAGCCAUCCUCCGAUGAGACUAGUCAAGAAAAGGAGCCCCGAAGCAUAUCGAUUCAGGAAUCUUGUAAACGAGUACACUCCCGUGAACAGCGCCUCUUAUCUUGUUGUGAUACAGUAGAGACAAGCAGGCACCUAAUAGCCUCUCCAAAGCCACCAGUUACUGAAGGUGAAGAGCAUUGUACCACUACUGAUGUUUCUCAGAAAUCUCCAAUGCAUGGAGGGCGUAAAAGGAGACCUACUUCAGAUGCAGCAAUGACUCCAAAAAGGCCACGACUAUCCCCAAAUGCAUCCUCUCGGCAGUCACAGUCAACGGAUAGUCCCAAUGAACCACCAUCAAAUACUCCAAGGAACAGGCAGCCACUUAGCCAGAUCGAUACUAACCCAUCCCUCGGAAAUCGCAUGACAAGUUCGCAAACCCAAGUCUCAACUAUAACUACUAGUCUUACACAGGACAAACGUUCGUCAGGGAAGUGCUUGGCACAUAGACAUUGCUCUCUCGUCAAGGAGAAAUGUGUGCUUGCCAACCGCUCUAUUCUACUGUCGCCGUGUAUCGCGCAGUAUGCAUGGGUGACCGAUAAUCUAUUACGGGGCCAUGGGGUGGAUACCUUCCUAACGGAUCCCAAGAUGUGGUCGCAGGAACCUACGCCCAGCUUUGCAUAUAAAUGGGAUGCCUCGCUAGGAAAGACACGAAAGUCCCGAGUUCGCAAGAUCUGUCUCGUCGAAUCAAGACGGGUAGAUGCCACAUCAUCCUUUGUUAAAAGCAUAGGAGAAGCUGGCUUGAAGAAAAAGAACGGAGAACGCGAGUGGGUGGGCGUUUAUGACUGGAGGAUAUUAGAGGAUAUCUCGGGUUUAGAGUCUGGGACGACCAAACUAGAAGGAGUAGAUCUGUGGAGGAAACACUACGUGGCGAUUGCAUAGGGCGAUAGAACUGGUAUUAUAGGGGCAUUUCAUUGUGAAGGCGUUUUAUCAUAAAGCUACGCGUUGCACUUUAGUUACCAAGUAUUACACCGGAAAGGAGUACUGCGUUUAGGAGAGCAUUGCUUGGGUUUUAUGAGAUGUAGAAUGAAAUAUCAUUCGGAAUAGACGUCUUCUCGGGUUCUUAGAAGACAUGGACCUGGUAUGCCAACGAAACAGACACAGG